CCUGCAUUCACUAUAUCUGGUCUCCCCGGACCCUGCAUUCACUAUAUCUGGUCUCCCCGGACCCUGCAUUCACUAUAUCUGGUCUCCCCGGGACCCUGCAUUCACUAUAUCUGGUCUCCCCGGAGCCUGCAUUCACUAUAUCUGGUCUCCCCAUACCCUGCAUUCACUAUAUCUGGUCUCCCCGGACCCUGCAUUCACUAUAUCUGGUCUCCCCCCCGGACCCUGCAUUCACUAUAUCUGGUCUCCCCGGACCCUGCAUUCACUAUAUCUGGUCUCCCCGGACCCUGCAUUCACUAUAUCUGGUCUCCCCAUACCCCGCAUUCACUAUAUCUGGUCUCCCCGGACCCCGCAUUCACUAUAUCUGGUCUCCCCGGACCCUGCAUUCACUAUAUCCAGUCUCCCCGGACCCUGCAUUCACUAUAUCCGUCUCCCCGGACCCUGCAUUCACUAUAUCCGCUCUCCCCGGACCCUGCAUUCACUAUAUCUGGUCUCCCAGGACCCUGCAUUCACUAUAUCUGCUCUCCCACAGUACACGCAACAUGGAAGUGCAAUUAUUUUAGUAAAUAUAAACUGCUAAAUACCUUUUCUCAUCAGCAGUAUAUAUAUAGUCUUGUC